AUGACAGCCACUUUAGAGGAAAGCGAGAAGGAAAAGAUGCGUUCUGUGUCUGUUGACCUAAAUAAUGAUGCAUCUCUGCUUAUUGAUAUUCCUGAUGCACUCUGUGAAAGAGACAAAGUCAAGUUUACGGUACACACAAAGACAACACUGAACUCUUUCCAGAAGCCAGAGAUUUCAGUUCCCAGACAGCAUGAAGAUUUCAUCUGGUUACAUGACACUCUGGUGGAAACGGAGGACUAUGCCGGCCUUAUAAUUCCUCCAUCACCCCCAAAGCCUGACUUUGAAAGCCCAAGAGAGAAGAUGCACAAACUUGGGGAUGGUGAAGCCACAAUGACCAAGGAAGAGUACACUAAAAUGAAGCAGGAAUUGGAAGCUGAAUACCUAGCUGUCUUCAAGAAAACAGUUCAAGUACAUGAAAUCUUCCUGCAGAGACUGUCUUCUCAUCCCAUUCUAAGCAAAGACAGAAACUUCCAGAUUUUUUUAGAGUAUGAUCAGGAUCUCAGUGUCAGAAGAAAGAACGCGAAGGAAAUGUUUGGCGGAUUCUUCAAAAACAUGGUGAAGUCAGCUGAUGAAGUCCUUAUUUCAGGAAUAAAGGAAGUCGAUGACUUUUUUGAGCAGGAGAAGAUGUUCCUUCUCGACUACUACAGCAAGAUUAAAGAUUCCACUGCCAAAGCGGAGAAAAUGACACGCACGCAUAAAAAUAUCGCAGAUGAUUACAUUCAGAUCUCGGCCACUCUAAACGCACUUUCUGCUGAAGAUAGCACAGGGAAUAGGAAGCACAUGGAAAAAGUCUCAGAUCUCUUUGAAAAGCUCAGAAAAGUGGAGGGAAGAGUAGCAUCUGACCAGGAGCUGAAACUCACAGAGUUGCUAAGAUAUUACAUGAGAGAUAUCCAGGCUGCAAAGGACCUUCUCUACCGACGAGCUCGCGCUCUUGUCGACUAUGAGAACUCCAACAAGGCUUUGGAUAAGGCUCGACUGAAGAGUAAGGACAUUCCUCAGGCUGAGGAACACCAGCAUCAGUGUCUACAGAAAUUUGACAAGCUCUCGGAGUCUGGGAAGAAAGAGCUCACCAGUUUCAAGGGCAGGCGAGUUGUGGCGUUUAGAAAGAAUCUCAUUGAGAUGGCUGAACUGGAGAUUAAACAUGCCAAGAACAACGUGACACUAUUGCAGGGGUGCAUUGAGCUGCUCAAGAACUGA